GGGAACUGUCUGUACUCCACGGCCAAGCCCGGAUCCGGCGUGGUCGGCGGGUGGCUGAGGGGGAAGACGGGAGGAGGAGGAGGAGGAGGAGGAGGAGGAGGAGGAGGAUGGAGACACCUGUGGACCAGCAAGCAUCACCCUCAUUGAAGCAAAUGGAGAGACCGGCACCAACGUCGCUGUUGAUCCCCCCACUCUCUAUUCCCUCCCCCUGGAUAAUCCUGCCCCCUCUUUGCCCCCCCUGGAAUUCAUGGCAGUCAGCCUGGACUGUCUGGAGGCAGAGAAGGAGCAGGAGGAGGAGGAGAUCCAAGCAACCGUAGGAGACGAAGGCGGAGGCCAGGACGGGAGAAGGAGCGAGCUGGACGAGGAGGGCUCCACCGUGGCCGCUGAGGACGGGAGAGAGGAGGAAGAGGAGGAGGAUGAGUUUGGUGUCUUCAUGCAGGCGGAGGGAGAGCCGGACUGGAGCGAGGGCUUCACCACGUCUGCCUCAGUGCCUUGUGGGAGCAGAGGAAGCAUUGCCGCAGCUCUUGGAGACGAGGCCGUCGUCGAGGAGUCACCUCAUUGGACGGCGGGCUGGACGGACCAAUCAGAGGACUCCUGGGCCGCCUUUCCUCAGGACUCGUCAGACAGCGGCGGCGGCGGCGGCGCGGUGGAGCAGUGGUGGCCGAGCAGUGCGGCGGAGGACCGGAGGGACAGACUCUCCACCAAUCACAGUCUGGCGGCCAUCUUUACCGAAGCCUUCCCGUCACUUCCUGCUCCGUCCUCCAGUGACCCCCGUGACCUCAACACUGUUCCCACCCUGACCCAGCUGCUGCGGGGCCGAGCCAGCCAGGACCAGGGGCUAUUGGACAGUUUCCAUGACUUGAACAAGAUGAUCGGGCAGCGAUACAAGCGGGCCAGCGGCGUCUCCCGCGACCUGCUGCUGAGGACUUUACACCUGGAGCCGCCGCACAGCGAGAGUCGUCCUGCUGUCUGGACGGCGAGCCGCCGCCUCUCGCCCGGCCUCCCCUCGGCCAAUCAGCACGCUCAGAACGCCGCCGCCAAGCGACGGCUGUCGUACGACUACAACAGGAACAUCAUGGAGUGACGUGGGCCCGUCGGGUUUUCAGCGGGUUCCCGGGACUGUGACUCUCACUCCGUCUGCCACUCAGACUCUCACCUUGACUGUCAGAGGUCACCUGCUCCCGGUUUCCAUCUCACCCGUCAGCACCAACUUCUCCUUUUGAGUUUCCUCAUGGAGGUUAUUCUGCCGCACGCUGAGCUGCUGCUGCUGUCUGAUCGCCGCCAUGUUGAAGGAGGAGGAAGCGUUAUCGCUGAGGAAUAUGAGCUUGUGUCCACAUAGUGUUGUUUUUAUGUUUUUUUUUCCUGCAGCAGAGCUUUCAGAUGGAGUGCUUCUGCAGCAAAAAAAAAAAAAGAAAAGAAAGUGCUGCCCAUGCAUUUUGCUGAUAUGACAGAUCGGUAGUUGAGGUGCAGUGAUGAGAGUCGACAGCGCAGCAGAAACGCUUCCUGUCUGCAGCAGCUUCAAGGGUUUUCAACCUUCAGUCUGAUUUGAGCUGAAACGGAGGCCUCAGCCUGUCGUGUCUCGAUACAAAGGGUUAAAACCUACUUAUUCAAACAUGUUAAUAUCAGUAAUACUGAGAUUUAAUUUGAAUUAUCGCUUCUUGUCAUGUAGUGAAAUUAGAUUUGGGUCUCAGGGAGUUUGUUUAGGGUUUUUCCUGCUGUUCCUGAUAUAAAGAUAAAGACAGAUCAAUAAAGCAUGAAGAGGCCUUCAAGCACUAAAAUAGACUCACGGUGCUAAAAAAAUCUAGUGGCUUCACUUCUUUCCACUUAUUCACCAAAAAUAAUCAAAUGAUUAAGCAUAUUGGUUUUACAGAACACUUAGAAUUUUUCACAACGUAGUAAAAACUUGCAGUUUUAUAUAUUAUAUUAUCUCACAUUUGCUGAACAACUAAAAAUAUCUAAACUCCAAAUAUACAUGAUAUAUCUAUGUAAAUCAGUCCAGUUAACAAUAGAAAUCAGUUUAUUUAUUCUAAACUCAUCUAAUGGCACUGAAGUUUUAUUAAUGAUUAAAUGAAAAGUUUUGUCUUUUCAAAUAAAACUAUAAUCACUUAUUUAAAAAAAAGUUGUUCUUUUUUCAUUUUAUGCAUUAAUCUUGUUGCGUCAUAUGAAUCACACACAAUUAUUAUUUAUUAACAGUUUUCUUGAUAAAAAUCUAGUCAUCUAAUGAGAAAAUAUAAUAAUUUAGGUUUUUGUUGUUUUUUUAAGUAAAAUCCAGUUAAAUCUGAAUGACUCAGACAAACAAACUCAUGUAAAUUUCUAAAAAAAAAUUAUUUUUCACAGAAGAAAAACCAACUAUAGCUGCCCUCUGAUAAAAACAAAGCUAUGUGGACACCAGUGUGACAAAGCUGCUGUUAAAUGCUGGAAUUAAACCAUUAAAAAACCUUUACUUCUAUAAAACAACAAUAUUUUGUUGAACAGAGUAAAAGUUCUUCAUCAGGCACAGACUGAAGAUCCUCCUCCAACAUGGCAGCUCGACCCUUCGGUUCUGCCGCUGAUCUUUAUUCCAGCAGCUUCACCGAGAAGCUGCAGCGUCAGACUCCACAGACGUCACCGUCGGCCGGAUCUGCGCUCGUUAGAGCAAGUUCAGAAGAAAAGACAUGGACGUCCAAUCACCGUCUGACCCCGAAGAGCCAGUUCCAGCAUCAUUUCCCCCACAUGUGGCAGGAAUAGUAAUAAUUUACUCGCAGAGCGCUGAGGAUGAAUCCUGUCUUUGUUUUCACAUUUCAGAGUGAUGCAUGUGCUUUCAUUGUGUAUUUAAUACAGAAAAGAGAAAAACAACCUGAAUAUAGUUUUUGGCUCCUCAGAAACACGUUUGUCUUCCAGUCAGUGCCGACAGGAGCGCCAGUGAAAGUGCCAACGAUCACCCAGCAUUCAGGAAGUGUUCGUCUCCUUUCUCAGAGCAGAGGCGGACUCCGAGGAAGAGCAUGUGACGUUUCUCUCUCUGUCUUUCUGUCUCACCGCCGUUCAGCACGGCCCGGUCCAGGUCACCAGACCUGAACCUGGAGCUGCGUCUUUCUGUUUCCUGUGCUGUUCCACCUCCUCCCCCGUUCUCUCCGUGUUGUAGAUCUCACAGGUCAUUUGUGACACAGUCACCUGUGUGAGUGGGUGUGUGUGUGUGUGUGUGUGUGUGUGUGUGUGUGCGAGUGUGUGCGUCUGCCAUUUGUAUAAACCUCCAAUUCCUGAGAAAGAUGAAUAUUUUCUGAUCUGUUCAAAAUGAGGAAGACGGAGUUGUCGCCUUGUAAUCUGAUGUAAUAAAAUGAAACU